GAAGAAGAAGAAGAAGACUGCGAACGCAGCACCAGGAAGUUCGUUUUUUCACCCAGUAUCACGGUAUCCGCACCACAUCAGCUGUUUUCUGUCUCAAAUCUCCGCCACAAGUAGGCCCUGUAGUUAAAUUAUGAAAAAGAUUUUAGCCAUUACUGGAGGUGCAGUUGCAGGAGGAAUAGGUGCAGUGGCCCUGGUUCCUGUGGCCUUGGGGGCCAUCGGUUUCACCUCAGCUGGGAUAGCAGCAAGCUCCGUUGCUGCAAGCAUGAUGUCUAGUGCUGCUGUUGCCAACGCAGGAGGGGUGGCAGCAGGAGGUCUGGUGGCUGUUUUACAAUCUGCGGGUGCUGCUGGUAUCUCAGCGACCACCUCUGCAGUUGUGGCUGGUGUUGGAGGUGCUGUUGGAGCCGCUGUAGGGAGAAUAUUCAGAUGAAAGGAGAAGAAAAAUAGUGAAAAAAAGUGUCAUUAACUGGUAUGACAUGAACUGUUUUGUUCAACAAAGUUGUCUUAGUAUUGUCUGUUCUUUAUUAAUUUACUGGUUGGAUAAACUAAGAUCAUCAUCGGUUAAUUGAUGUUGAAGCUACAGUUAAAAAAUAACAGCACAAACUAGCUACUUUUAAUUAUUUUGCAUUACAUUUCGGCUUCUCCCUAGACACUAAAUUGGUUGUAUGUUUACUGGCCUUGUGAAUUUAUUUUAUCUUGAAGUGAGGCAAAAAGUCCAAAAUAUAAAACACCUUGUUUUAUGGUCACUAAUAUGUUGUGCAAUGAACACAUAAUUGUCGUACAUUUACAAGUCUCUGGUUUUCAUUGAGUACUUGACAAAGGAUAAAUAGCUUUUGUUCAUUAACUCUGUUUCAGUGUUUUUAAACAUAUUUGCACUUGCACUUUGUUGAGCUUUCAAUAAAGGUCUUAAUGUGUGUAAUCAAAUUACUUUUCUCUUAAAUCAUUUUUUUCUUUGAAUAAAUCUAAUUCCAUCUUAA